GCCAGUCUCGCAGAGAGACGGUGCUGCUUAUGCUGGUGAAGAAGAGAGGGUGAAGGGGGGUGUGCUCGCUCGCUCGCUCGCACGCUCUCAUUCUCGCCGUGCUUGCUCUCUCUGUCUCUCUGUCUCUUGCGACGCAAUCCAUUGCUGUUACGAUCCCCUCUUGAUCACAUCUCCUCUCGCUGUUGCCACUUUCCUUCCCUUGCUGUUACUUGGAAUCCUUUUCUACUGCCACCUUUCAUUCCUCUUUCUGGUUACUGCAAGGGAUUUGUCUUCAUCAUUCACCUCAGUGGAUUCCCUCUCACAUUGGCAUUGAUGAAGCUGUUUGUCGAAGUUGAGCUUAGUUCCGAUGAGAUCCCGUUAGCCACGGAGCUCUUUCGAACCUUACGGGCAUUGACAGAACAUGUGAAGAUACGAGACGUAGGGAAGUUAUUUCAAUCUCUCAUUUGGAGGCUGGAGGAUGGCACCCAGCUUGACCGAGUGUCAAACGAAGUUGCAACACUUCUUACAGAUUCACCUGAAAUGGCGAUGCAAACUUUGGAGGAGUUUCAAGGAGCGUUUGUGGCGGUAGUGUUUAACCAUGAUUUGGUUUUACGACAGAAAAGUGUGGUGCCAUUCAUGUACCUCUUACCCAGACUACCAGAUCAUGCUAAAUCCAGGAUGCGAGAUUUUCUCAUUCCUAAGGUUUUGAAGCAUUUGACAGUAAAGAGACCAGUGGAAGCAAGUCGCAUGGAAUUUUUUGCUCAUGCGGAAGCCUUUGCAGCUCUUGUCAACCUCGAAUUUGUUUCGAUAAAUGGGGCUAUCACCACUAUAAUCACCCUGCUAAGAAAACCAGAGACGCGGUGUGCUGCAGUUACCAUGCUUGGGAAGACUGUAGAACUGUGUUUACAGCAGUUGACUGAGAAGUGUAAUAGCAAAACACUCCAAGAGUUAAAUACUGCUUUACAAAGCGUUACUGAAGACGCAUUUCAGUAUGACAUCAACUACAUAGAGGAAAGCAUGAGCUGGAGUCGUCCUCUGCAUGGUAUGGGAGGGUUGCAUGACUUACCAAGCUCUGGCUCUUUGUCAACUCAUGGGGAUCUUAACAAGGGUUUGACGAUGGACUCUUCAUCUACUUCUUCCGGUAUGUUGAGAAAAUGGCAACAUCAAAUCUGACAAAUGAUUUUAUGACAAUGGCUUGAAAGUAGCUAACUGUGUGUCGGGUACUUUUCUAUCAGUGGGCACCUUCUGAACUCAUGUAAUUUUUACACGACUUUGAGCAGUCUGAGUGGUUAUAUGCACUGGUUAAUGUUUUAGGACCUGUAAUCUCACUUGAAUUGAGCUACAUGUCGUGGCAGUGGAACUGGACAAUUUUCCACAUUGUAGGGUGGAGAUUUAUGUCGAUGUAGUAGCAGUGUAAGGCAAUGCUAUUAGGGUAGGGAUUUUGCCACUUAAUCAGAGUGGACAAGAUUAAAGAUUUAGUUGCUUCUGAACAAUUCCAAUAAAUUUUUUAUUUUUGGAGACGUUGACAGUCUGAUCACGUCGUUGUUUUGAGCAUUUAGAUUGCACAAUGUUCGAACUGGUUGGCUCGGCAAUUUCUCACUAGUUAACCAGCUGCAUAGAGUCUUUGUGCUGAAAAGUGAUCCUCGUGCAGGAUAUUCAGAUGUCAAGAAGAGCAGGAUGCUUUUAGUCUUGUAGUUACACUUUCUAACUAGGUUGGAUGGAAUAAAAGAUGCCAUUAAAGGUCCAUUGUUAUGAUUUGAAA